UUUUCUUUUCCUGAGACAUCAAAUACAACUAAGCAGCCCUGUCCUGUGUUGUAUUUCCCAUAUGUCGCGAAAGCAGGUCGACCAUGACUACAAUCUCCGUAGUAUGAGCAACCUGAUGGGCGAGCGGUGGAAGAAAGUGAGCGACGGAGGAGAGCGGAGUCUCAUCAAGGCUCCGUCCAGCGCCAGCAUCAGCAGCCAGGGCGCCUCCGCCGCCACCUCCACCGCCGGGGCUCCGGCCGCACCGAACCCCGCUUCCACCGGGGACCUGGAGCGGGCUGCCCGCAAGCAGUUCCAGCAGGAUGUCACGCCCGGCUUCGUCUACGUCCUGGCCGCGUUCUCCGCCCUGGGGGGCUUCCUGUUCGGCUACGACACCGGGGUGAUCUCCGGGGCGAUGCUCCUGCUCAAGAGGGAGCUGGACCUGAGCGCCCUGUGGCAGGAGGGGCUCAUAUCAAGUACUGUGGCCGCGGCCGCCCUGUCUGCCCUGCUGGGCGGCUUCCUCAACGGGCUCUUCGGGCGCAGGGUGUGCAUACUGCUGGCUAGCUUCUUCUUCACCGUCGGGGGGAUCGUGUUGAGCACCGCCCCCGGCAAGGAGGUGCUGCUGGCGGGGAGGCUCAUCGUCGGAGUGGGGCUUGGUAUUGCCUCUAUGACGGUGCCGGUGUACAUCGCUGAGGCCUCUCCGCCCCACCUCAGGGGUCAGCUGGUGACGGUUAACACCCUCUUCAUUACCGGCGGGCAGUUCACUGCCAGCCUGAUCGACGGCGCCUUCAGUUACCUGCAGCGCGAUGGCUGGAGGUACAUGUUGGGUCUGUCGGUGCUCCCCGCUGUGCUCCAGUUCAUGGGAUUCCUGUUCCUGCCAGAGAGCCCUCGCUGGUUAAUCCAACGCGGGCUGACCCAGAAGGCCCGCCGCGUGCUCAGUCAGAUCCGAGGCAACCAGAAUAUCGACGAGGAGUACGACAGCAUCAAGAACAGUAUCGAUGAGGAAGAGGACAGUGGCGGAGAUGGCCCUGUGAUCUGGCGGAUGCUGACCUACCCCCCGACUCGGCGGGCCCUCCUGGUGGGCUGUGGUCUUCAGAUGUUCCAGCAGCUUUCGGGAAUCAACACGGUCAUGUACUACAGCGCCACCAUCCUGCAGAUGUCAGGAGUGCGAGAUGACAGAUUGGCCAUCUGGCUGGCUAGUCUCACCACCCUCACCAACUUCCUGUUUACCCUGCUGGGAGUAUGGCUGGUGGAGAGAGUGGGGCGCAGGAAGCUCACUUUGGGCAGCAUCAUAGGUACAUGUUUGAGUUUGACUCUGCUGGCCAUUGGUUUCCUGCUGUCAGCCCAGCACACUCCUCCUGUCACCUUCCACCCAUUAGACCCAGCUAUGGCCAACUCCACCUGCUCCAAAUACCAGCUGUGUGAGCCGUGCAUGCUGGACCCCGGAUGUGGUUUCUGUUACCGUGAGAACGGCUCAGUGCUCCUCACCUCCUCCUGUGUACCGGUCAAUAGGGCCUCCACCGAGCGAGCAGCAUGGGGCAGAUGCUCCAACUCCAGCCUGAUGAGAGAUCAGACCUACUGGGCCUACAACUACUGUCCCACCUCCUACUCCUGGGUGGUUUUACUGGGACUGGUAUCUUACCUGGCUGCCUUUGCACCAGGGAUGGGUCCGAUGCCAUGGACCAUCAACUCAGAGAUCUACCCUCUGUGGGCGAGGAGCACGGGGAACGCCUGCGCAGCCGGAGUCAACUGGACCUUCAACAUCCUGGUGUCUCUCACCUUCCUCCACCUGGCUCAGUACUUCACCUACUUUGGAGCUUUCUUCCUCUACUCCAGCCUGGCCUUGCUGGGUUUCUUCUUCAUCUACGGCUGCCUGCCGGAGACCAAAGCCCGCCGUCUGGAGGAGAUCGAAGCACUGUUCGAGAACCAGCUCUGUUCCUGUGGCGCCUCCGACUCAGAUGAGGGACGGCAGGUCGAGUACAUCCGAGUCAAAGGUUCAAACUACCAUCUAUCGGACAACGACGCAUCAGACGUGGACUAGAGAGAGUUUCGGUGUUUUGGUUGGUGGGUCUGUGAUAUUUUUCUUUUUGUCGCGUGAAAGCUGAGGAGCCUCUAGUUACCAGUCGAAAAGACUUUUGCUUGUAAUGUGAGUUUACAUACAAUUCAGCCAAUUCAGGAAUCCAAAAUCAAUGAUUUAAUAGCAGAGGGAGUUUUUGUUGUUUUCAGCCUAUUCUCUGAAUCAAGGGUGAACUGACGCCAAAUCUGGAGUCAAACUUGCUUUAAUAGACAGCUGAAUAUUAAACCAGGCACCACAAAUAUCUCAAUUGCAAAAGGCUGAAAGAAAUUUUUCACCAAUAAAAUGACCAUGUUGCAUAUUAACUGCUCACUCCCGAUACCUUAGUGCCUCCAUGUGAAUGAAGAAUCCAAAAAUGGUGAACAUUUGACAUGAAAUUAAACUGAUCAGAGUCUGCGUUUAACAACAGCAAAAAUAUAUCAAAACAUCUGUUUACACACGUGUGUUUGGACUCAAUAUGAGCAGCUUUCAACGCGUGUGUGCCUGCUACCCGUCAGUGUUUGAUUUUAUGAAACUGUUUUAUACUUUUUUUUUUGACCCAAAGUGGCGCUUGUAGGUUUUUUAAAAGUGGUAAAAUCCCUUCAAAAAUAGACUCCUUUCCUUUUUGGAUUCUCCAUUCACCAUGAAGGCAUGCAAUGAAAACAAAAUUUCUUUACAUAUUCAAGAUAACACAGGUUGAGUUAUUCAUGUACAAAUGGUCAUUUUGCGGGUGAAUUAUUCCUUUAAACUUUUUCACUCAUAACGGACUCUUGGACAGGAAACAUGACUGUUGAACACACACUGCAUGUACAAAAUACAAGGGCCACUUCCUCUCUUAUGAAGUCCAAUAAUGAUUAUUUACUUUACAAAAGGGGCUGCAGCUCAGUAUCAGUAGUAUGUUCCUAAUAUUUUGUACAUUUGUUGACUAAACAAACGCUAUGAUUUACAUAUGACCUUGUACAGCAGUAAACACAACACAGUCAUUUUAUGUCAGAAUACCUUUCCAUCGAGAACUCCAAAUGUGGUCUUGGGAACCAGGUUUGUGCGUCCACAAACUUUUGAUAGCAGUUGUAAGUUGUCGUUGACCUGUAGUACCAUCAUGCCUUUCUAUAUGAAACAGUUACAUGUUGUUUAAGCUUGUAGCAUAGCACACUUACGCCGGUUCCUCAUCUGAUGACAGUCCUAAGUUGUGGUUCUGAUCUUUUUUUAUGAAAAGCAAACACCAGAGAUGUACAGUAUAUUGCUCAAGUUUCGAAAACUUGUAAUGUCAGUUGGUGCCUAAACUAAACCACUCACCAAUCUAGUAGCAGUUCUGAUGCUAUAGUUUAUAUUUAAUUAUUUAUUUAUUUAAAUAUUUCAACAAAUUAGUUUAGGAUAGUCUAUGUUAAGUUUCAGGCCUGCAAUUCCAUUGUGUUCUUGCCUCUAAAAAUUGCAGUUUUUAACAUAGUACUAUGGAGAACACAGCCUCGGGUAACUCUAUGGCACGUAGGCUGCCAAAAACCUACAUUGUGACUCCCGGUUAUAAACCCGAGUAUUAAAC